CCGUGCCUGAAGCGCAUGCGCGGUUGGAUUGAUGUCGUGGCCGAGAGCGAGAGCGAGCGGCGGGGGGGCGGGGCUGAGCCGAGGCCCUGACACCACCGCACACACAACCCGCACAAUGAGGCGCGCGGGGCUCGGGGAUGGCGCCACUACAUAUACCCCUGGCAGUGGGUAUAGUGUUUAUGAAGAGGAAAAUGAAAAGUUAACAGAGGGACUUCGUGAGAAAGUAACUGCAUUAAAAUCGCUUUCAAUUGAUAUUGGAACUGAAGUUAAAUACCACAAUAAAAUGAUAAAUGAGAUGGAUACGGACUUUGACUCCACAGGUGGACUGCUAGGUGCAACAAUGGGUAGACUCAAGCACAUAUCCCGUGGGAGUCAAACAAGAAUGAUAUGCUACAUGAUGUUGUUUGCAUUUUUUGUAUUUUUUGUACUUUACUGGAUUAUUAAACUGAGGUGAAAUAAA